AUGGGUUCCCAACAGUCUCAUCCGGACGAGUCAGCUCCCCAAGACACAGGGAACGCAAACACCGAGGUUGCUGGCGAUGUUGUAGCUGAUGACGCUCCCAUCGAGUCACCGCCACCUACGACGGAAGAUCAGGGCCAUGGAGACGACCAAACUCAAGAAGAAGCACCUGUCUCACCAUCCACAUCCAAUCCUCAUCGGCCGUCUGACUUGGAAAUUCUGCGGCGCGCAACCUACGACCUGGUCCUGUCAUCGUCACGUCUUCUAGCAGCUGCAAUCAACGCUGUCAACGCGACUGACACGACGCCCUUGCCCUUUCGCGCGCGCGAGGCUUUUGCCGUAGAAAGUCAGCCCGACACUGCGCGAGACGUUCCGCGCUAUGCCGAAAAUCCCAGAUUGGCGUUGCUCAUUGCGUCUCCGAGAUCACGGAGACUUGCUGGCUCUCUGGAAGAUGAUCCGAACGUCGCCAUCGCGCUCCUGGAACAUCGCUCUAUUUGGCCCCCCGCCGCAGACAACGAGGAUGACGACGAUGAUCAAGACAUGCCUCUACUUAUUGACCCUCAGAACGGCGCCCAUUUCGAGGAUUCAACACGCUUCUAUGCUCCCCCACGUACCAUUUACACCUCCACUCAGCUCAACGAAGACAUCAGCGCCUCCAUGAGAUUGGUCACUCUACGCCCCAGCACUACAUCUGGCGGCAACUCUAGCACCCACAACGAUGUUGAUUCAGCCGAGGUAACUAACCUCAAGCACGUGGUGGCGAGAAUGGAGGCACUCUGCGCUCUAUGCCUCGAUGAUCUCGCGAACAGGGUCUAUAUUACUUCGUGCGGCCAUGGAGGAUGUGUGCGCUGCGUCAUCGAGUGGUUGAAGUGUUCGGAUACUUGUCCUUCAUGUCGGAGGGUCGUUUCGCACGAGGGAUCGACCCUGGUCGAGGUGGACGAUGAGGAGGAUGGCGGUGGAUUGGAUGGCAAUGACGGCGGAGAAACUGAGCAUGAUGGCCAGGAUGGUGGCAGUGACGAAGACGGAGCUGGAGGAGCGGAAGAUGCGGCGAAUGAUUGCGGUGAGCCAGGGGAGGCAGCGAGCGAGAGUGGAGAGUAA